AUUGCUGCCGGGCGGUUUCCGUGCGCUCCUGGAACGGCCUGGAGAACAGGUUCUGCCUCCCCGCACCGGGAGGACCCGGCGGAGGGCGGAUCUUCGUCCCCGCCCGGGCCUGGGGUCUGGGCCCUCCCCAGUGGCUGGGGCGUGGCGGGGCUCGGAGCAUCCAGGUACUCGGGACGGACGGGAAGCCCAGGCUCCGGAGAAGGGGAGAAGUCGAUGGACCCGAGUACCUGGGUCCAGCAUUGCGGCUGGGCGCUGGCCCUCCGUGUCCACGGAAGGAUGCGGCUGCUGGAGGCCGGGUUCACCUGAGAAAGAAGUUGGUGGAAGAGUGCCCAACUUGAGUGGGACUUACAGGCCUGGAGAGCCAGCUUCCAGAAUGCGGAGAGGACAUCCUGAAUCCCAGACCCACUGCUAACUUGGGAAGUAGCAGUGUCAGCAUUUCCCAGCCCCAGCCCCUGAAAUGCCAAGCGCCCACUUCCUCUCCCUCAGAUCCAGGACCCUGAUCCCCUUCCCCUGGGACCCCGGAGUCCGAACCCUUCGUUCCCUCGGGCCUCUGCUCCCUGACAUUUCCUUCUCCUCCGGCUCUGAGGACCUGCUAAUUCGCUUUUCCUCCUGUGCAGCCAUGUGGGCCCCCAGCCGACGGCAGCUCUGUCUGACCUUCCUGCUAGUCUGUAUCCUUUCGGCCAUCCUGUUCCUCCACGGUCACCAAGACCUGUUUCACAAUGGCCUAGCCCUGACAGGCCUGUGUCCAGACCGCCGCCUGAUGACCCCCGCUGUGGCCAUCUUCCGCCUGUCCCCCAACACCUCCUCUUUCUGUCCCAAGCCCCCUGCGUCCCUCUCGGGGACCUGGACCAUCCACCCAGAUGGCCGGUUCGGUAACCAGAUGGGGCAGUACGCCACGCUCCUGGCCCUGGCCCAGCUCAACGGGCGCCGGGCCUUCAUCCUGCCCUCCAUGCACACUGCCCUCGCCCCCGUGUUCCGCAUCACCCUGCCCGUGCUGGCGCCCGACGUGGACAGCCACACGCCCUGGCGGGAGUUGGAGCUGCACGACUGGAUGUCACAGGAGUAUGCCCACUUGGAGGACCCCUUGCUGAAGCUCACCGGCUUCCCCUGCUCCUGGACCUUCUUCCACCAUCUCCGGGAACAGGUCCGCAGGGAAUUCACCCUGCACGACCACCUUCGGCGGGAGGCCCAGGGUGUGCUGAGUCGGCUCCGCCUGGGCCGCACCGGGCGCCGCCCGCGCACCUUUGUGGGUGUCCACGUGCGCCGCGGGGACUACCUACAGGUGAUGCCCCAGCGCUGGAAGGGGGUGGUCGGCGAUCGCGCUUACCUCCAGCAGGCCAUGGACUGGUUCCGGGCACGGCACGAAGACCCCAUCUUUGUGGUCACCAGCAAUGGCAUGGAGUGGUGCCGGAAAAAUAUGGACACCUCCCACGGGGAUGUGAUUUUUGCUGGCGACGGGCAAGAGGGCUCACCGGGGAGGGACUUCGCCCUGCUCACACAGUGCAACCACACCAUCAUGACCAUUGGCACCUUUGGCUUCUGGGCCGCCUACCUGACCGGUGGGGACACCGUCUACCUGGCCAACUUCACCCUGCCUGACUCCAACUUCCUGAAGAUCUUUAGGCCCGAGGCCGCCUUCUUGCCCGAGUGGGUGGGGAUUAAUGCAGACUUGUCUCCCCUCCAGUCACUGGCCUGGCCUUGAGCAGCCUGACGCUUGUCUGGAAUAGCGCGGGCCGGCAUUCUGCGUCUCCGGAGGCCUAGCAGCUUCUGGAGAAGGUCAUGGCCCUGUAGCAGGCGGGCACCCAUUUCUGGGGUAAUUCUAGGUGGCUAGACUUUGAGAAAAAGGACAGUUUCUUGUAACUGCCUGGACCUUCUAGAUCUUUUCCGGCUGCCUGGCCAUGUCCAGAGAGGCUUAGGUCAGCUCUGGAAGGCAAUGCCUUACCUGUUCUUCCCAGCACGUGUCCAGGGUCCUUCUGGAUGGUUGCACCCCAACAACAGGGAGCUCCCUCCUUCUAA